AUGAGCAACUCAAAGAAACAUAAAAAACAUAGAAAACGACAGAAGCGAUCUCGCUCUAAUAUGUCUAUUCCAAAACUUAGAGCAGCUAUUAUCACUGGAGCAAAUAGGUAUUUAUAUUACACCGAUCCCUCAUUCAAGUUUCUAACUGACCAGCUUUUUUGGCCAAACAGCGGUGUUGGUUUCGGUAUUGCGCAGAGAUUGCUUGAUCACUCUGGGCGAAAUCCUGACGAGCCUAUUCGGAUUAUACUUGCUUGUCGGAACAAAGGAAGAGCAAUACAAGCUCGCGAUACUUUGUUAAAAGAGUAUCCAAAUGGGGAUGUUGUGAUAGCUCUCGUUGACACCAGCUCUGUGAGAUCUGUAUUUGAAUUUUGCAACGAAAUCAAGAAAAAAUAUAAGAAACUCGAUUUCUUAUUUUGUAAUGCUGGUGUUCUUUCUUGUGACUACAUUGACUGGAGUAUCGUUGCCAAACAAGUAUUAUUCGAUCAGAUAACUUUAAUGACCGAAACUCAGUGUGUCGUGCAACCAGUUGGAAAGUUAACAAGCGAAGAGAUUGGGGAAACAUUUGCGACUAAUUUAUUUGGUCAUUAUGUCAUGAUACGCGAGCUUGUUGAUUUACUAGCAGUUUCUGGUGAGAGCAAAGUAAUCUGGACCAGUUCUCUUACAGCCAGACGUAGUGAUUAUGAUCCUAAAGACUUUCAAGGAUGUCAAAGCAAAUGUCCCUAUGAAAGCUCAAAGUAUGCUAUUGAUGUAAUCGCUGUCGCGAUGAAUGAUUUUCUUAAUCGACGGAAUAUAAAAAGCUUUGUUACACAUCCUGGCGUCGUUGCCUCGAAUAUUGCUAGAAGUCAUAUGCCAUGGAUAAUGGGAAAGAUCAUGGAGAAUUUGUUCUAUGUGGCACAUGUAGUUGGUCUGAGUAUGACAACUGGUACCGGUUGGAAUGGAUCUUACGCUAAUUAUUAUGUUGCCGUAACGCCUUUCGAUGAACUUGACAUCUCUGUAAAAUAUGGGAGUUUUAUUAAACCAUGGGGUACAGUAUACGUUCGCAAGGAUGAUAUCGAUAAAUACGAUGAAGCAAAGAUAAUGACAGACUCUGACGUCGAAGAAGAAGAACUCUACUUGAGCUGGGCAUUGCUUAUACUGACUACUUUACUUAUUGGUGCACUAUGGACGAGUUAUUAUUUACAGAUCAGGAGAAUAAGAGCCGUUCACGAGACUGUGGUUUCGAUUUUUGCUGGGAUGUUUGUGGGGCUAAUAAUUCGAGUUUCGCCUGGGUUUAUAAUUCAGAAUAUGGUUACUUUUAAGCCUGCAUAUUUCUUCAACUUGCUAUUACCUCCGAUCAUAUUAAACUCGGGAUAUGAGCUUAAACAGUCCAAUUUCUUUAGGAACUUUGGCACUAUCCUCAUUUUUGCCUUCUUUGGAACCAUCAUAUCCGCCUUGGUGCUUGGAUUACUCGUCGGAUUCUUGGGCUUAUUGGGAAUUGUGUCCAUAUCAUUUUUGGAAGCAAUGAUAUUUGGUUCAAUUCUUUCGGCAACUGACGCGGUCACUGUUCUUGCAAUAUUCCAAACACUUAAAGUUGAUCCUAAGUUGUAUUCAAUUAUAUUUGGCGAGAGCAUACUUAACGAUGCUGUUGCCAUCGUUUUAUACGAAACAUUGAAACAAUUCCAUGGUCAAGAUUUACAUUUAUCCAACAUAGCGCGUGGUAUCGGAGUGUUCUGUGGCGUGUUUACUGCAUCCUGGAUCAUUGGUGUUGGUGCUGGACUUCUCUGUGCUUUGAUAUCCUUUACUAUGCCGCAUGUUUUACAACUGUGCAAAUAUUAA